CAUUUAUGGUUACACCCUCGGAGCAACGAAUGAGCUAGUCAACGUAGCAAGUGUUAGCAUAGCACAGCACAGGCUAACGUAUCGGAUUUGACAAGUGGGAGUUCACUUCACCGGACGCGGCUUCGUUGACGAACUCAUGGCGAAAGUAAACGGCGGGGCGUCUGGCUGUAGGGCUAUCGUAAUGGCCGGUCAGUUUUUGUCAAAGCCAGCGCCACCGCUCGCUCAGCCCCAGCAGAACACCGGUCAGCGGAAACUCGCCAAAAUUCAGCGGCGCAUGCUGUCCGUCACCCGCGCUGUACAGGUUAACAAAACUCCAGUUCAGAACCAGCUAGACGCGGCCAGCUUCAUUCCGCUCUCGGACCGUGGUGUGUGGUCAAAGCGCCAGCUGGUCUACCGGGACGUUAAAGCCUUUCUUAAUGAAGUCGGUGGGGAUCCGCGGGAAGCUCGCUACUGGCUGACGCAAUUUCAGCGAUCUCAUGUGUGUAAUGCGCCUGCUUUCGCCGUUCUGGAGAUCGACCCGUCCGUGUUUGAGAACAGCGAGAUGGUGCAGAGCCUGGCGUUCGGCUUGUCCUUCCUGCAGCGCAUGGACAUGAAGACUGUGGUGGUAAUGGGGCUUCCUCCUGAGCUGACGAAAGAGAACUCUGUACCAGAUGGCCCUCUUUCCUCUGACUGCAGGACCUUACUUAUUAAAUAUUGCCAAGCUCUUGCUGAGGCCUUACAGCACAGCUCGGCCAGUGUCAUUCCUUUCUUUAGUGCAGAGUCAAUGCUGCGACUUCAGGAGCCUCAACACAAAGGAAGUGGUGCUGCCUCCGUCGUGGUAGACACAACCCUGCUUCAGUGGAGUCUGGACUGCGGUGCCAUUCCCCUGGUGUGCCCUGUGGGCUGUGAUACAGCUGGCUGCUCCGCUCUCCUCGAUUCAGUCGACGUCACCGUAGCCAUCUCUCGAGCUCUUCAGCCCCUCAAAGUCAUGUUCCUGAACAGCUGGGGUGGCCUCCGCAACCAGAACCUAAAGGUGCUGGGUACUGUGUCUCUGCCGAGUGACCUGCCGCUAUUGUCCUCAGCUGAGUGGCUGUGUGUGCUGGAGCGCAGGCAGGUCAGCGCUAUCGCUCACCUCCUCAACCAGCUUUCUCCUGAGAGCUCAGCAGUCAUCACGUCAGCUAACACACUGCUCACCGAACUCUUCAGUCAUAAAGGUUCUGGCACCAUGUUCAAAAAUGGAGAUCCCAUUCAGAAGUACAGCAGCCUUGAGGGCAUAGACAUGGACCGUCUCUUAGCUCUGAUUAACAAAUCUUUUGGGAAAACACUAAAGGAAGACUACAUCAGCUCAAUCAAGGACAGACUUCAUUCCAUCUAUCUGUCAGAAGGAUACAGCGCAGCAGCCAUCAUCACCUCUGAGCCAGUCAACGGUGGGACUCUGUAUCUGGAUAAGUUUGUAGUGAGUGACAGUAAACAGGGCCAAGGCACCAGUCAGAUCCUCUGGGAGUGUAUUCGCCAAGAUCUGGGCAAGCUCUUUUGGAGAUCCCGUGCAAACAAUCGUAUCAAUCCUUGGUACUUCAAGCACUGUGAUGGCAGCUUCGUCAACGGCCGCUGGAUCGUGUUCUGGUUCGGCCUGUCUGAUAUACGCGAAUCAUAUGAACUGGUUGAAUAUGCCAAGCAGCUCCCAGAUUCAUUCUCCCAAAACUCAGAGAGUGAUGCAUCUAUCCAUCAGGCACCCGCUGGGUCUUAAACACUUUUGCAUUUCACACCCUACAAAAAAUCUUGGGGUUUGUGAGGUGGCUUCCUACAUGUAUUUGCUAGUUUUUAUACUGAUUUGGUUUUAGAUCGAGUUCUAGCAGUUCUGCUGUGUAACAGCAGGCAUCCAGGACUUUAUAAAGGAUGUUCAGCUGGAAGUACAAAGCAUUAAUAUUCCCCAUUAUAAAUGUUUACAGUAUAAGUUCUAGCAUAUGGUGUCAGUUGUAUACUGUGGAAUUAUCGCACUUAUUCUGCCUAAUUCAUAGCUAUUUCUUAGGUAUGACUCAUUUAAUUCAGUCAGCACUGCUACAAUGUCUGAUAAUCUAGGCUUGUCAGUAAUGUAAAUCUCAGAAUAUAAAGCGGUAUUGUAAAAUAAUACGGUUAUAAUUAUGGGUAUGGAAAUUUACUGGUUUUGUUUACAUUCCAGUAAUUCCUGUAUUGUGUGUUACAUGAAGCUACAUUUUUUUUCUCACAAUUGUCUUAAGUUUCAGUUGCUUUAUUUUUAUUGUGUGAAUUUUCACGAGAAGAUAAUCUAGGACUAUUUGCAAGAACAUUUGCAAAUAGUCCUAGUACUGCCUUGCCUUGGUGAGCUGGUUUUCUAAUAUAUUGUUUUCUGCAUUUGAUGGUCACAGGGAAGGUUUUGGGGCAAGUGUUGUGGAGUUUAAAUUUCAAUAAAAACAUCUUGAGGUUUCAUUUGAAUUCUUUGAAAUGAAAAUUGGAAAGUUGCUUAAAGGUUGUGUGUUUUUGCUUUAUAUGUUUAAAGCUUUAUGAGCAACUUAAGAAAUCCGUGUGAGUGACUUUCUGGUGAAAUGGAUGUGACUAGAUCUGCGAUGUUUAUAAAUGAUACAGCUUGAACUCCAAUGAGGCAUUUCUCAAUUUGUCUAUUACAGAAAUAUAUACUGUUAUUGGUCCAUUUGAUUCUAUCUAUCUAUCUAUCUAUCUAUCUAUCUAUCUAUCUAUCUAUCUAUCUAUCUAUCUAUCUAGAUAGAUAUAUAUAUAUAGAUAGAUAUAUAUAUAUAUAGAGAGAGAGAGAGAGAGAGAGAGAGAGAGAGAGAGAGAGAGAUAGAUAGAUAGAUAGAUAGAUAGAUAGAUAUAGAUGCAAUCUCCAGAUUUGAACCCUAUUGAAAACCUCUGGAAUGUCAUCAAGAGGAAGAUGGAUGGUCACAAACCAUCAAGCAAAGCUGAGCUGUUUGCUUUUUUGCAAAAAGAGUGGUAUAAAGUUCCCCAACAGCAAUGUGAAAAAGCAUGGAGCCAAAACGCAUGCAAAUCGGGGUUAUUCCACCAAAUACUGUUAUUUAGCCAAAGGAUUAACACAAUUUGUUUACAAAUUAUUUCCAUUUUUGAAUUAUUUGCAUUAUUUUGAAUUUAGAGGAAAUAUUGUCAGCAGUUCACAAAAAAUGAAGCAAAACUGUUCAUCUCACCAAUACAUGCACCUGUAAGAAAAAAAAACUAAUAUAUUAAUAAUUAACAUAUUAAAAAAUAAAUGGAUUA